AUGCUGGGGAUCAAUUAUAAAAAUCCAGGUGAAUGGCAGAAAACACUUCAUGGACGUUCUGAAGUACAUGGUGUUAUAUUUUUACUUAGUGGCAUUAAUCCUCGUGAAAGUGCUCUUGGUGAUUUACCUCGAAUCAAAGAUUACUGUUCCAAUCUGGACAUUCCUGUGCUAUUUAUUUAUCGUGAUGGAUUUCUUAACUUCGUACCACGUGUUCGAAUCUACGCUUACACCCAGGAAGUCGAGGUUGAUGAUGAAGAAACAAUGUGCAAAAUAGUCAAGACCAAAUUUCUGCACUAUCAAAAUCUGGACGAAGUUAAACGUGUCAUUGCCCAAACUUUCGAAAGUGCUCAACAACUUCAUCAACUACUUGAUCCCAUUGUUAUCUGCGGACAUGUAAAAAUGCUACGAGAAGAAAAUGAAAAUUUAAAAAUGGAAAUCAAAUCUCUGGAACAGAACCAUCGAAAUAUCAUGAAUGAACAAAAGAAAGAAUAUGAUAAUCAAAUUUCAUCGCUCAACGAAUCACUAGGCAAAGCCGCACUUAACAUCAAAGAAUUGAACCAAACAAUGGAUAAGCGGCCUGUUAUUGGUCGAAAUCAAGAAUAA